AUGACUGCAGGGCUGAGAGCUCCGACUUUUUCCACCAGCUCCUCCUGCCGGGAGCAGUGCAAGCCUGCCAGGAUGGAGGCAGUCAGGUCAAGUCAGCCUGAGAAAUGCUGCCCUGAAGUCCUGGGCAAGCUCUUACCUUGCUUCUGCUUCCUCUUCUCACUGGUGACCUACGCGCUGGUGGGAGCCGCCCUCUUCUCCGUCAUUGAGGGGGGCCAGGACCUGGAGGCAGAUGACCAGGAGUUUGAGAGGUUCUUGGAGAACCUCUGCAACAUCUUGAAAUGCAACAGAACAGUCGAGGCGAGCAGCAAGCUGAAUCUCCGGAAGCUGCUGCAGCAGGUGAAACCUCAUUGGCUGCCCACCUUCUCAGACUGGUCCUUUCUGAGUUCGCUGUUUUUCUGCUGCACUGUGUUCACUACUGUGGGUUAUGGAUACAAGUAUCCCAUCACCAGGCUGGGCAAGUACUUCUGCAUGCUUUACGCACUCUUGGGUAUCCCCCUCAUGUUCCUGGUCCUCACAGACAUGGGCGACAUUCUGGCGGCCAUCUUAUCCAUGUCUUACAACAGGUGCCAGAGACUCCUUUUCCAGGAACCUCACCUUCCCAGGUGGUGCCCCCUCCUGCUCUGCAAAGGAAGACCUGAUGCCAGGCAGGUAGACGAAGCCACUCCGAAGGUCAUCAUCACUGCUGAAGAGCUCCCAGACCUCAAACCUGACCGGGGUCCUCCAGCCCCAAAGUGCAAUGCAGAGAUGUUUGAGCAACUUCUUGCACGAGAGAAGCAGAUCAUGCUGCAGCUGCCCUCACAAGGCAUGGAGAGGAGCACCUCAUGUCCUGAGCUGGGGUUAGGGACACUCUCCUGCUCCAUCCUCAACAACCUGGAUGAGGUGGGACAGCAAGUGGAAAGGCUGGAUGUGCCCCUUCCCAUCAUUGCUUUAGUCAUUGUUGUUUACAUUUCCUGUGCAGCCGCCAUUCUCCCCAUUUGGGAGACGCAGAUGGACUUUGAGAACGCCUUUUACUUCUGCUUUGUCACACUGACCACCAUCGGGUUUGGGGAUGUCAUCUUGGAUCACCCACAUUUCUUCAUGUUCUUGUCCAUUUAUAUCAUCAUUGGGAUGGAGAUUGUGUACAUUGCUUUCAAGUUGGUGCAAAACAGGUUGAUUCACAUCUACAAAAAGCUCAUGCUGUUCUUUGCAGAAAGGAAGUUCUACCUCUAUUUUAAAAAGUGA